GAAGCGUAAUCGCAGAGCCCAUCGUCCCCCCCAAAGCAUUUACUCCUACAACAUUUUUCUUUCUUCUUCCCCACUCCGUCCCCGCGACUGCUUCUCGAGCGCUCUCUUAAACCCUCCUUAAACCCUAGCUUCCGUACGCCUCCGGGGCCCCACAUGGCCUCCUCGUCGCAAUCGGGCGGCGCCGGAGGCGGCGGGACGAUCGCUUCCAAUCCCCGCGUCUGGAUUGUCGCGGGCAUCGCCGUCGCGGGCGUCAUCGUCCUCGCGGAGGUGGCGCGGCGCCGCCGCCGGUGGCUGCGGGGCAUGUCUGGCACGCCACCCGACGCUGGAUCCUUCUGCGACCGCUUCGAGCUUCACCCUCCGCCGCAGCCGCCGCCUCCCGCCGCUCGCCACCUUCUCUCGGGUCUGACCUUCGCUGCUAGUGACAACUUUGAGGUCGAGGGCUAUGUAGCCGGGUUUGGGAACCCAGAUUGGAAGAACACCCAUGAGGCGGCGAGGCACACAGCAGUGGCUGUCACAAUGCUGCGGAAACAGGGGGCCACCUGCGUUGGAAGGACAAUCAUGGAUGAACUCGGCUUUGGUGUCACUGGAGAAAAUUUGCACCAUGGAACACCAGCCAACCCUGUUUCUCCUUCACUUGUCCCUGGUGGAUCAUGCAGUGGCUCUGCUGUGGCAGUUGCUGCACAACUUGUUGACUUUGCUAUUGGCACUGAUACAAUUGGUGAUGUAAGAAUCCCAGCUUCUUUCUGUGGUUUACUUUGUUUUAGGCCUUCCUAUGGUGUUAUAUCUACUCUUGGGACCAUAGCAAAUUCACAAAGUCUAGACACAAUUGGAUGGUUUGCACGAGACCCAUGUAUUCUGCACCGUGUUGGAGAAGUUCUUUUACCAACUGCUGCAGGUGGACUUAAGCAAACAAGGCAAAUUGUUUUUGCCGAUGAUUGCUUUCAGCUGCUAAAGGUCUCUAAUCAGAAAACUGUGCAUGCCAUAAAAAAUGCUGUCCAGGCAUUACGUGGAUAUCAACCACCUAAACACAUCAAUAUUGGCCAAUAUAUUUGUUCCAAUGUACCUAGCCUGAAGGAGUUUUGCGAACCAGCUACAAAGUUACAAGAAGGAACAUCAGCCUUGAAAGCAAUCUCCACAGUGAUGUUGUUAUUGCAGAGAUACGAGUUUAAAGCAAACCAUGAGGAGUGGGUUAACACUGUUAAACCUAAGCUUGGCCUUGAUAUCUCUACUCGUGUACUACAAGCUGUGAAUUUUGCACAUGAAAACAUCAAAUCUUUAUACGCAGUAAGAAAUGAAUUGCGGGCUGCACUCAAGAAUCUUCUAAAGGAUACUGGAAUUUUAGUUCUACCAACCACAGCUGGAUAUCCUCUAAAGAGAAACUCUAAAGAAAGGCUAUCAUCUGGAUUUGAGGAUAGAAUGUACAAAUUUGUAGGCAUUGCUGCACUUUCUGGUUGUUGCGAGGUUACUAUUCCCAUGGAAAAUCUGGAUCAUCAUGUAUCUCUUUCAUUUGUAGCAGCACAUGGAUUGGACAAGUUUCUUCUUCAUACUGUCUUGGAUACAUAUUCUCUCAUCCAGGACCAAGUAGUUUUGGCAUCCAAGCUGGAAACUGCACCAGUAACCAAUGUUGAUAUUGAUGUCAAUGCAUCAGAGCUUCUGAAAGAAAAGGGAAAUAGUGCUUUCAAAAGAAGACAGUGGAGCAAGGCAAUUGAGUUUUACUCAGAGGCCAUCAGUUUGAGUGACACAAAUGCAACAUAUUACUGCAACAGAGCAGCAGCUUAUCUAGAACUGGGCCGUCUUAAGCAGGUCGAAGGAGAUUGUGAUCGGGCCUUACUGUUGGAUAGAAAGAAUGUUAAAGCAUAUCUACGGCGUGGUUGUGCAAGGGAAGUAACUUUGAAUUACAAAGAAGCACUUCAAGAUUUCAGGCAUGCUUUGGCUUUGGAACCACAGAACAAAACAGCCCUUGCAGCAGAGAGGAGGCUGCAGAAACUCCUGAAGCGCUCUGUCAUCCGUGCUCCCACUGCAAUGGAGACGCGGCAGCGCGUGCAGCAGCUCCGCACGCCGAUGGACCCGCUGGCGUCCCUCGCGUCGAGCUUCGUCUCGGCCUUCUCGCCGCUGCUGUCGCCGUCGCCGUCGCCGUCGCCGCAGAAGCCCUCCACGUUCCUCCUCCUUCCGCUCCCCGUCGCGGCGGCGCGCGCGCUCACCGUGCUCCGCCGCCUCCUCCUUCUCGCCACGCAGGUCUUCAUCUCCCUCUUCUUCAUGCUCCUCUCCGCGCUGGCGCCGGCGCCAGCGCUCGCGCCCACGCUGCCGCGCAUGGAGGAGCCGGGGCGCCCUGCGGGAGACACCUGCGCGGGGCGCGCGCUAGCGCACGUGCUGUCCGUGGCGUCCAGGCUCCCCGUGGCCUCCCGCAAGUACGAGCUGGUGCGGGGCCUCGCGGAGCGGCUCCUGGACGACAACGUGCGCGCGGGGGGCGACCGCGUCGGCGCCGUGAGCCGGACCGCGCUCGCCGGCGCGUUCUCGCGCACACUGCGGCAGCUGGAGUCCGCCGCGGGAGGGGAGUGGCCCGGAACGGAGCUGGCCGUGCGCGCGGUGCGUACGGGGAUGCGGUGGUGGUGGAGGCCCACCGCAGCGUCCUCGCUGCACGACGAGGGGUUCGGCGGGCCCGCGCCGGAGAAGCUGGCCGCCGAGCUGCUGUGGCUCGGGCAGAAGAUGGCGGAGUGCGGCGCGGCGCGCGAGGCCGUCGUGCUGUUCGGCGCCGCGGAGAGGCUCGGGAGCCGGGCGCUCGUUGCCGAGCCCGCGCUCCAGGUCUCGCUGCUUCGCCUUGCUGUGUUCUUGUUGAAGCACGCCAACUCGAGGGAAUUCGAGCAGAGCGCGGGAGGGAAGGAUGACAAGGCCGCGGUAGCCGAGCAGCGGAUGGCGAUGCUGCGGUCGUGGCUUCCGCUGCUGUGCCGCGGCAGCAAUGGCACGGACGCGCCGGUGCUGACGAGCCGGGAACGGCCGGAGAUGGUGGCCGUCCUGGAGGACAUGAUCGACAAGCUCAGCUGGGAGCAGCAGGAGGAGGCCCUCUCGCUCUGGCUGCACCACUUCGCCGCCUGCCCCGACACCGACUGGCCCAACCUCGAGAGCUGCUACACACGAUGGUACGCCGAGUCGCGCAGGCUGCUCGCGUAGCGCGUUCACUGAAGAAUGCAAAUCUUCUACGAUGGUACCCCAUGUAGAUACUACCUGUAUCUAGUACUCCAUGUAGAUACUUUAGUACCUAUACUUUAGUAUCUGUAUAUAUGUACAAAUGUUAUAUGAUGGUACUCCAUGUAAUAAUACUUCAGUACCUGCGUAUAUGUAGCUGUGCAGUAUAUAGCAAAAUGGGAGUUCUUAUUGA